AAGCGGAAGUGACGUAGCGCUCGAGGCGAUCCAGCAUGCAGUACGGCUGAGCGGGACUCCGGGCUCGUGUUUAUCCGUUAGACAUGGUGUCCCUGCUGUCAAGAGGAGUCGGGCUCCUUGCUAAGUCCUUGGCCGGGCUCAGCUGCAUACAGGCCACAAGAUGCAGCAGCCUCCCUGGUGCACUGUCGACCUUACAGUGCUCCACAACAAGAUGGUUCUCAAAGCAGUCAUCUCUAGAAGACUUUCCAAAACGCCCUCUGACAUCCUAUCUCCGUUUUGUGGUUCAGCAUCGGCCAUCCAUGACAAAACAGUAUCCUGAAGCAAAGUUGACAGAAAUUUCUAAAAUACUUGCCCUGGAAUGGAGAGGACUUUCCGAAUCUGCCAGAAAACCCUAUAUAGAGGCUGCAAAUGAAGAAAGAUUGAAAUACAAAGAUGACGUUCGAAAAUACAAAGAGAAGUUGAGUCCCCUGGAACUGGAGCUGUUAAAGGAUAAAAGGAAACGAAGGCUGGUGAAGAGAAAGCACAUAAGACAUAGGAGGGAGUUGACAAUGCUUGGAAAACCCAAAGGAUCCCGUAAUGCUUACAACAUUUAUAUGUCUGAACAUUUUCAUGAAGCUAAAGGCCCUUCCUUAUCGGGAAAGAUGAAGAGUCUCCAUGAAGACUGGAAUAGACUGCCUCACUCACAAAAACAGAUGUAUAUACAGUUGGCUCAAGAUGACAAGAUCAGGUAUGAAAAUGAAAUGAAGGCUUGGGAGGAGCAGAUGAUUGAAAUUGGGAGAGAAGACCUUAUACGACUUAAAGCAAGAAAGCGACUUCUAAAAGAUGCAGCAGUGAUGCAUAAGGCAAAAUCUAAAAAGCAUCUGCCAAAGAAGACUGUCAAAAAGAUAACUAAACCGGCAAAAGAAGGGGUAAAGUCUGACAAAUUAAAGAAUGAAGAGUAGUACAUGACAUGGUUAACUGUAUAUUUAUGCCAAGCAGACAGCCUUAUGGCCCCUAAGUGAAAAUGAUAGAUCCAUGCUCCAGGAUUGCCUUAUCGGGAUGGCCAUGACGUGGCAUGUGAUUGUAAGGACAUUUCUGCCCUGAAUAAUGUUGUUUCAGGAUAUUUUUGAUUCGCCCUGGCCUAGGGGGACUGUCCUAUUGUCCACAAGUUCAUAACUCCAUCCAUUUCAACAACUUUGUUGGUCAGUUUAAAUAAUGUUCAAUGUUGGCUUCUCCUGCUAUUAUUAAUCUGAUACUUAUCAGUGGUUGAAAUUAUAAUUUUUUUUUUUUUAUAUUGAGACAAAAAUAAAUGUAUUC